UCUUCCUUGCUUUCUCUCUCUUAACCAGAAUCAAACCUGUCCUUCUAUUCCUAUAAAAACCUUCUCCAUUUUCUCUCAAAUCUCCUCCACACCAAACUUUUUUUUCUCUCUCUCCUCAUAAGAACAAGAACACAAGACAAAAGACAGGAUUCAGAAAAUGGAGGUUUCAACGAGAAAGCCUUAUUUCAUAGAAGAAGAAGACGAUGGAUUGGUUUCUCUAUCUGAGAUGGAAGCUGGAGUUUCAAGUCCUUGUUACAGCUAUCCUCAGAGUUAUUAUUACCAUCAUCAUCAGUACUCUGUGUCAUCUCCCAGAUCUGGAAAAUUCCAUGAUUUUAGAUUCGACAAUAGCUAUUACGGACAGCCACUUCCUCAUUUCUUGGAUUCUUGUUUCCUCUGCAAGAAACGUCUCGGUGAUAACAGAGACAUCUUCAUGUACAGAGGAGACACACCGUUCUGUAGUGAAGAGUGUAGAGAAGAACAGAUAGAGAGAGACGAAGCAAAAGAGAAGAAACAGAGUCUGUCUUCAUCUGUGAAAGCUAUGAGAAGAAAUGAAAAGCGAAGCUCUUCUUCUUCUCCAACUAGAUCUCGUGAUUAUGCUUUCCACACUGGAACUGUUGCUGCUGCCUAAUUUAAAGUUUAAGAAAAGGAAAAAAAAAAAAAAAGGAGAUAGAGAAUCCAUUAACGCUCGCUGUUGUGAAAGCUCCUGGUUAAUGGUUUUAUGGUUUUUUUUUUCUUCAUCUAAAGAAAGAUCUUAGUUUGAAUUUGAAUACUAAGCAAAAAAUUAAAAAUGGUUAGGGAAAAGAGAGAAAAAAAAAAGCGAAGAAACCUCUCUUUUUCAAAGGGUUUGUGCUUUCUUUGUUUUAUUUUCUUGUUUAUUAGUUUUUUUGUUUCUUGAAAAAAAAUAUAUGCAAUUUUGGGUACAAGAAAAAUAUGGCCAAAACGCCUAUGUGAAUUUGGUAAAUCUUUGUUUUUUUUUUUUCUAAUGGUAAAGAAAAUAUGUAAUAUGAAGAUCAUCAGCCUGAAUGUUCUCUUAUUUUGGAAUGAUGGGAUUGUAAUGAAAAAGUACAAAUUAAUAUAUAUA